UAUGGACAAGUUGGCUUACUUUUUUUGUAUGGUCUCUUUUAACUUUUUGAAAAAACAAUACAUUAAAAAUAUGGGGGUAGCAGACAAAAAGACAAAUUUGUCAUUCGAAAUGCUUUAACACAAGUAAUGCAAUCUAAAUGUAAGAUCAAUUUUCUCCGUGAUUUAUAAUUAGCGGUUUGCAAAACAUGUCUUGUUUGGCAGCCUAUAUUGUGAAAGGAUUGAUUUCAUCCAGAUUUAUGAAUUUUACCAAACCCUGUGGGAUGUGCCAAACCUAAGCCUUGUGUUACUUGAAGGGGAAGUUCACCUCGUCGGAGCGAAGGAAAGGGGCUCUGUUGGACAAGCAAGUGACUGUGGCCACCGCAGAGCAGCCCCAGCCUGUGCGUUCAAAUCCACAGGGUGGCAAUGUAGACAACCCCUGCGUGCGACUGUGGGUCAUGGUCAAGCUGGUGCCAUGGCUACCGCAGGUCCUUCAGAAAAAGACGCUACGCCUUCCAAGAUCAUUAGCCAUGCAAUUACACCGAUAAGGAAAUUUGAGCUAGAUGCUAUACCAGCAUAUUUGCUUCUGCAAAUAUUUAACAACUGACAGAUAACAACCACUGGAACCUGGCAUUACUGAAGUAAGAGAAACUUCUCCAGAAAGACAUUUCGGAUUUAUUCAGUAGAAAGCUAUCUGGAAUGUAUUUUUGGAUCUUGAUAGAAACUGCUUGCACAUGAAACUUGGAAUUUUUCAGAUCACCCUAAUACAAGUGUGAAUUUAUUUCAUAUCCUCUCAUUUUGCCUUCAUACAAUCUGAUUCCUAAAGGAAGCUACAUUCAUUCCUUCCAUGUCAGCUUGCACUAUGCUUAAAGAAAAAGAUGCUAUUUUAGGUUCAAUAAAUUCUACACAGAAUCUGGAUUGUCAAAGAUUUCUGACUACACAGACAUUAGAUUGUAGCUGUAAGAUAUGUUGUGUGGACAGUAUGUAAUCACAAUCUGAUUCAGUUAUUGAAAGAGGUUGUACGUAUGACUUCGCAAAGAUUUAGAACUAAAGCCUACAAGUCAGGGAAUGUAGAAAUAUUAUGGGGAGGAUGUUGGGUUUUCUUCUGUGUCUUCUGUCUGGUCUUUAUUACUGCCUCAUAUUCCCUACAGCAUGAAUACUGGGAUUAUCUUCCUACAGUUCAGGAGGCAGAAUAAUAACUCAGAUUAGUUGUGAGCUCCUGGACCGUACAGUUUCUUGCUAUUGACCAAUAGGUCAAAGUCUUUUUGUUAAAUUAGAAGUCGAAGAGCCGCAAUUUGGAAGUUCUCUAUUGCCACUUAAAAGUGAAAACUGAUUUUUCUAGAUAAGGAAAGUACAGUAAAUAUAGUCUUUUUGGACCCUCAUAGACCAGCGGCCGCUUGUCCACCACUGGAUGUAUUAGCCAAGCUAAAUAGGAGAUAUAACAUGAACAAAAUCUAAGUAAAGAUCUGAUGGUGAUGAUAAGCUGUGCUGACAGUAGAAAUGAUGUCUAAGGUGAGGUUACUAAUGCAGUUCCUCAAGGAUCAGUUUAGGAACAGUCUUUUGCCAUUCUUCUACUAAUGACCAAGGACAAAAAGUAGUAGCAUGUUAGCGAAAUACUCAUGAUGCAAUCUCCGAAGUAUUGUGAAUGCUGAACAUGUAUCAUCCUGGAAGAACUGAGUAGCUCAAUAUACUGGAGUAUCAGAAACUGGGUGAAGUUUAAAACAUGCUUUUGGUAACUUACAGAAAGAAGUUCUGCUGCAAGCCAGGAAGUCCUUAGUUGUAACCACUAAAAGAGGGGAAAGGUGUUGAUCCAGUGGUUAAUUAGGAGACAGCUCGUCAAUAGAACUGACAGGGACAUGAAAAAGGCAAGUGCUAUCACUAGGCAAACUGAUAGAGAUAUUUCAAGUCAAAUUAGAGAAAUACUAAUACCUGAUUACAAGGCACAGGGAAAAUCCACCUGGGCUACAAUAUACAGUUGUCCACAUCAAGGAUGAAGACUUCUUCUGCAACUUUUCAACUCAAAAGAUAAUGAACAGCCUUCUCGGGGUAUAAGAGGACUGAAAAUCUAGACUAGCCUUUUAGAAAUAGGGAGUACCUAAACCCCAAUUUUGAAUUGACACAAUAAGGUUGCAAAGGGAUGCUGUGAUAGGUUCACCUUUUGCAGGGGCUAGACUUACAAGAUCCCUUUUAAUUCUUUGUUUUGACCACCCUGUAUCAUUGCAUGCAAUGAGCUGACAAAAUUCUUUCCUACAACACACACUGUGUUAGAUUUUAUUUCUAGUUUUCAGUGGCGAGUACUUAUCUUUUGAUAACACUGAGAUACAGAUGGCACAGUCUUGUUAUGAUUUGUACUGAAAGAAUGAGGAUGUGAGUAGUAUCUGUGAUAUUUGUUAACCAGUGUAUCUUUUUUAUUUUUGACCAGUGCAUCAUAGGGUCAUAGAAAAGAUGAAGGGACCUUUGAUUUCAAGCCCGUUUACAAGAAAGUUGUUAUAGUCUUCAGACCUUGUUCUAUAAUGAUUAGAGGUGUUAGGGUAAGCAGAUUAUGCUUAUGAUUUUAAAGGUCAGAUUUUAUAAUCCCUUUCAUUCUUCAUCUUUUUUGUCAGAGCAUUUAGUAGGGUAGGAUCUCUUACAGAGACGGAAGAACAUGUUUUGGCAAUUAACAGGGAACAUGCAAUUCUGUAAGCAUACACUAUGGGAAACUGAAUGUGAUGGUGAUUCACAAGCAGUUUAUCUUCCUGAUAAAUAGUAUGAAACCUCUGUAUUCAGUCUGUGGCCAGUGGAAUCUUUUUACUCCGUAUUUGCUAGGGCUAUAUAUGUAUUUAAGUGAGUUUAAACAGGGGAGUGGCAAGGGGUGUUUCAUAACCUUAUAGGCGAUUACAGUUUAUAGCCAAAUUAUCUCCUGAAUUACAUUAGCUGAAAUCAAUGUCUUCUACUAGAUGAACAGACUGUUCCAUAAAACCUUGACAGAUAAAGCAUUAAUAAGUGUCAGAGCUGACUUGGUCAAUCGAAUGAUUUGCUGACACUUCUUUUUACCACAAGCCUGCACUUUCAAGUUUAGUGCCAAAGGUUCACUAUAUAUAGCUGAAGACAGCAAAUAAAUGAUCUCUUUUUGCACAGAUUUCUAACUAGCUGCCUGUUUCGUUAUCUCCUCACUGGGGCAGCGUUUUCACUCGGGAACUAAAAUAUGGUGAAGCUACAGUUGCCCAAUCCUGGCCUGGAGGACAGGAUACCUUCCCAUGCAGAACUUGAGGUCCUUGAGAAAGAAGAGGCAGACUCCAGACCAAAAUGGGAUAACAAGGCUCAGUAUAUGCUGACGUGUGUAGGGUUUUGUGUGGGUUUAGGAAAUGUGUGGCGGUUUCCGUAUCUCUGUCAGAGCCAUGGAGGAGGAGCCUUCAUGAUCCCUUUCCUGAUUUUGCUAGUCCUGGAGGGUAUCCCCCUGCUUCAUCUUGAGUUUGCCAUUGGCCAAAGGCUGAGGAAAGGCAGCGUGGGUGUCUGGAGCUCUAUCCACCCUACCCUGAAAGGGGUUGGCAUAGCAGCAAUGUUUGUAUCCUUCCUGGUGGGUUUAUAUUAUAAUACUAUUAUUGCCUGGGUAAUGUGGUAUUUCUUCAACUCUUUCCAAGAGCCCCUGCCUUGGAGCAGCUGUCCUCUCAAUGACAACAGAACAGGUUACAUAGAAGAGUGUGCCAAGAGCUCUCCUGUAGACUAUUUCUGGUACAGAGAAACAUUAAACAUCUCCACUUCCAUUGAUGAAUCAGGCACUAUACAGUGGUGGCUUUUGUUAUGUCUGACAUGCGCAUGGGGUGUACUGUACGUGUGCACAAUCAGAGGCAUCGAAACAACAGGAAAGGCCGUGUAUGUAACAUCAACUCUUCCGUACCUUGUGCUUACCAUUUUUCUCAUCCGUGGCUUGACACUGAAGGGAUCAACCAAUGGAAUUGUGUAUCUCUUCACCCCUAACGUUACCGAGCUGGCUAACCCAGUGACGUGGCUGGAUGCGGGUGCUCAGGUGUUUUACUCUUUCUCCCUGGCUUUUGGAGGCCUCAUUUCAUUCUCCAGUUACAACUCUGUUCACAAUAACUGUGAAAAAGAUGCUCUGAUUAUCUCAGUGAUCAAUGGUUUCACAUCCAUCUAUGCAGCAACUGUCAUAUAUUCCAUCAUCGGAUUCAGAGCCACAGAAAGAUAUGAUGACUGUUUUGACAAAAAUAUUCUUACUCUGAUGAAUGCAUUUGAUUUGCCGGAAGGUAAUGUAACCCAAGAUAACUUUGAACAAAUGCAGCAGCUAUGUAACAUUACUGAUCCAAUGAUUUUUGCAAGCCUGAAGUUUGAAUCCUGUAAUCUGGAAACCUUCCUGAAUGAUGGAGUUGAAGGAACUGGCCUAGCUUUUAUUGUCUUCACUGAAGCUAUCACCAAAAUGCCUGUCUCACCUUUGUGGUCCAUUCUCUUCUUCAUCAUGCUCUUCUGCUUGGGUUUGUCAUCUAUGUUUGGAAAUAUGGAAGGUGUGCUUGUACCUUUACAAGAUCUCAAAAUUAUACCCCCUAAAGUGCCUAAGGAACUUGUAACUGGUCUCAUUUGUAUGGGGUCUUACUUGUUAGCUUUUAUCUUUGUGCUGAAGUCUGGUAAUUACUGGCUGGCUCUAUUUGACGGUUUUGCUGGCUCUAUUCCCUUGUUAAUAAUUGCAUUUUUUGAGAUGUUUUCAGUCGUCUACAUUUAUGGAAUAGACAGGUUUAACAAGGAUAUUGAAUUCAUGAUUGGACACAAGCCCAAUAUUUUCUGGCAGGUUACCUGGAGAGUUAUCAGUCCUCUCAUUAUGUUAGUUAUCUUCUUCUUUUAUUUUGUGGUGAAAGUCAAUGAAGAACUGCUCUACAGCAUUUGGGAUCCUAGCUAUGAGAACUUCCCCAAAACACAGAAGACUGAAUAUCCCGGUUGGGUGUAUGUUAUUAUUGUAAUCCUCUCCGGAGUGCCUAGUUUGGCCAUCCCUGCCUUUGCCAUCUACAAAGCCAUCAGAAAUUGCUGGCAGAAAAAACAUGAUCGUACAGGCCUUAUGACCUCCACAUCUGAGACUUCUGUUAAUGGAAACUUAAAGUGUUCAACAUAAACCACUUUAAAAAAUGUGGAAGAAUGCUUUGUCAGUGAGACAAGUAAAAAUAUUUUUUUUAAGAAUCCAGAGUUAAUUUUAUUUUCAUAAAAGGAUAACUAUGUGUUGUUUCCAGGUAAACAUAUGUUUACGUAAUAGUGCAAUGCACUGUAAAGAGUUAAUGGCUUGGAUUCUGGAAGCAAAACAGCCACAUUUGCAAGUGAUUAGGGCACCAGGCCAAAUCAUUCAUCCUCCUGUUUUUGAGGCCAGCUUGUCUGAAACUGGCUUGCAGUUCUGUUUGGAGAUGCACUGCACUUGACAGGCCAUAAGUGACUCUUCCAUGUGCAAUCAUUCUGGUUGGGUGGCCAACAUGAAGGGUAACUGAAUACUGACUUCUCUUGCACAUUAAAUUGUUUUUACUUUACAUGCCACUGUGUUGCACAAAGUCGCCAAUA